CGAAAACUACAACAACACCGGAAAAUAGGAAAACAACAUGGUGGCCUCCACAAGGCUUAUAUCAAGGUUGACUCUGGUCACUGGAGGAGGCAGUGGGAUUGGACGGGCGGUGUGUCAGCGCUUCGCCUCUGAGGGCGCCUCCGUGGUGGUUGCUGACAUCAGCGAGGAGUCGGCCAAUGAGACCCUGGGGAGCCUGCCGAGGGACCUCAGAGGACAGGGUCACAUGGCGGCCGUGGUGGAUGUGGCGUCAAAGGAGAGUGUAAAGAAGCUGGUCACAAGUAUACAGACUCAUUACUUUCAGCCUCCCUCAGUGUGUGUGAACUCGGCAGGCAUCACACAGGACAACUUCCUGCUCAACAUGGAGGAGGAUCAGUUUGACAGAGUCGUCCUGGUCAAUCUGAAGGGUUCGUUCCUGGUCACUCAGGCUGUCGCUCAGGCUCUGGUGGCCUGUGGAGCACCCAAAGGGUCCAUCGUUACUGUGGGCAGCAUUGUGGGAAAGGACGCCGAUGACGGAUAAAGUUCCAGAGAAGGUUAUUAACAAGAUGAAGUCCUUGGUGCCUUUGGGAAGAAUGGGUGAGCCUGCAGAGGUCGCUGAUGUCUGUGCCUUUCUAGCUUCAGAUGACUCUCGAUACAUCACAGGAGCCAGCGUUGAAGUGACAGGUGGACUAUUCACUGGAUAAAUCAGCUGUCUGUCACACUGAUGAAGACACAUGGGAGGCCAGUUAGUAGUUAAUUUAAUUGUUUAAAUGAUUCUACUAUAAUUAGAUAUUUUUUAAUGAUUACUGUUGAUUAUGUUUUUUAAUCUGGUUGUAUACAUGUAUUAUACAGUGUAAAGCCAUUUCUUUGUGCCAAUAAAAACCUGUAUAUUUCUGUA